AUGGCUGAAGUUUCGGAAAAAACCACCCAGGUCGAGGCCAGCGUUCCCGAAGUCCCUGUCAGUGCCGUUGAAAGCACGACGGAUGCCUCUGCUGCUACGACCUCAGCAGACGCUCCCAUGGCUGAUGCCAAUGUCACGGAAAAGCAACAAAAGGCAGUGAAGCAGGUCGAAUUCUACUUCGCCGAUGCCAACCUCCCAUAUGACAAGUUCAUGUGGACGUUGUACUCAAAAGAUCCAGAACACUGGGUUCCAAUUCAAACCGUCGCCUCCUUCAAACGCAUGCGCGAUUUUGUCUCGGAAGGCGUCGAAUGGCUCGCUGGCGCAAUUAAAUCGUUGAGCACCUUCCUCGAGGUCGACUCUACAGGGACUAAAGUGCGCCGGACUACUGAACCCCAAGAACCCAAGAACCAGUUCGAACGAAGCGUUUACGCUAAAGGUUUCCCUGAUGAAGAUGACACCCUUCAAGGCCGUCUGGAAGAGUUCUUCGCACAAUACGGAGCUGUCGGCGCUGUUCGUAUGAGGAGAGACGAGAAGAAGAAGUUCAAGAACUCCGUCUUUGUCGAAUUCAAUGACUUUGAAAGUGUAGAAAAGUUCCUCAAAGCCGAUCCCAAACCUUCAUACGAAGGAAAAGAGUUGUUGAUUAUGACCAAACACGACUACUGCGAGAUGAAGAUCAAAGAAAAGGGUUUGACUGGAAAGGGUGCUGCAUUCCGACGGGAGCUGAUCUCAUCCAAGAAAUUUGACGCCUUCCGCGACAUGGCGAAAGAUAAGGGCACUCCACAGCGUGCUGCUGCUGAGGACAAGAAGGACAUCUUCCUCGAGUUCCUCGGUCACAAGCUCCUCAUCAAGCAAGAUGAAGAUGGUAACGGUACUAUCGACGCGAGCGAUAUACCCUUCGUUAAAGGCGUCACAUUGAAGUUUGAUGGAUGCGGUGGAGACGUUUCAUGGGGUGAAGUCAAGGACCCCAUCAAAGCCAGGUUCGAUGGAAAGCCCCCAUACAUCAAGUAUGCAAGAGGAGAGAACAGCGGACUAGUUGGAUUCUACAAGCCUCUCACAGAAGAGGACAUCGAAUAUGUCAAGACCACAAUUAAAACCAUUAACAACCACGAAGAAGAGGAGAAGCAAUUCGAAAUCGAACGCGCUCAGGCUGCCGCUCGCAAUGCCUUUACCCAAAGUACCUCGCGUGACGCUAGUGGACGUGGGGGACGUGGCGGUCGUGGUCGUGGGGGACGAGGUGGACGAGGUGGACGCGGUGGCCGAGGGGGGCGCGGUGGGGACAAGUCUCGCAAUAACGAGCGGGAUAGCAAAAACCCAGCUGCCACAGCUGAGGAGGCCGUCGGAGAGAAGAGGAAGCGCGGUGUCGAGCCUGACGGUGCCUUCGAUGCCGGCAUCCGUGGAAAAGUCGCGCCGCCUACGAUCCAGAGCGCAAAGAAGGCCAAGACGGAUGGCUCUUCAUAG